AUAACGAUUAGGUCCCCAGGGUCCGGAUUGGCUGAGACGCGAAGUCCCGCCCCCGGACCGAAGACGCUGCGGUGGGCGGGCCCGGGGCUGCGCAGUGCGCGCGGGCCGCCGACGUGAAUGGCAGCCUCCAUCUCCCGUGCCGCCGCCCUGCGCAGCCCGCGGUUGCUGUUGCUGUCACCGCCGCCGUCGCCCGGGGCCGCUCGCCCCGGCCCGCGCCCGUUCUCUUCGGGGCCGCCCGACAUGCAGCCGUUGCCCGCUGCUCGGGGCUGGCUCACGGGCCUCCGCUUCGACAACCGCGCCCUGCGGGCGCUGCCGGUGGAGGAGCCGCCGCCCGGCGGGGACCUGGCCCCGCGGCCGGUGCCGGGCGCCUGCUUCAGCCGCGUUCGGCCCUCCCCGCUCCGCGAGCCGCGCCUCGUAGCGUUUUCGGCCCCGGCGCUGGCGCUGCUCGGCCUCGGCCCGCCGCCGCCACCGGGUGCCGAGCCCGAGGGCGAAGAGGAGGAGCCAGAGGAAGAGGAGGCCGAGGCCGGGGGAUCCCGCCGCCGCCGCCGCCCGGGCUCCGGCGCCGAGGCCGAGCUGGAGCUCUACUUCAGCGGCAACGCGCUGCUGCCCGGCUCCGAGCCCGCCGCGCACUGCUACUGCGGCCACCAGUUCGGCAGCUUCGCGGGGCAGCUGGGCGACGGCGCCGCCAUGUACCUGGGCGAGGUGCUGGGCCCCGGCGGCCAGCGCUGGGAGCUGCAGCUCAAGGGCGCCGGCCUCACGCCCUUCUCCCGGCAAGCUGAUGGCCGCAAAGUUCUGCGCUCCAGCAUCCGGGAAUUCCUGUGCAGUGAGGCCAUGUUCCACCUGGGCAUCCCCACGACCCGGGCAGGCUCCUGCGUGACCUCCGAGUCCAAAGUGAUUCGGGACAUCUACUACGAUGGCAAUCCCAAAUAUGAAAACUGUGCCGUGGUGCUGCGCAUCGCCUCCACUUUCCUGAGAUUUGGCUCUUUUGAGAUUUUUAAACCUCCUGAUGAACACACGGGGCGAAAAGGCCCCAGCAUGGGCCGGAAUGACAUACGGAUACAAAUGCUCGACUAUGUCAUUGGUAGUUUUUACCCAGAAAUCCAGGCCGCCUUUGCAGAGAACAGCGUGCAGAGGAAUGCGGCCUUCUUCCGAGAGGUCACUCGGCGCACUGCGCGGCUGGUGGCCGACUGGCAAUGUGUGGGCUUCUGCCACGGCGUGCUGAACACGGACAACAUGAGCAUCGUGGGGCUCACCAUCGACUAUGGGCCCUUUGGGUUCAUGGACAGGUACGACCCUGAUCACAUCUGCAACAGCUCAGACACGUCGGGCCGCUAUGCGUACAACAAGCAGCCCGAGGUGUGUAAGUGGAACCUGCAGAAGCUGGCCGAGGCCCUGGUGCCCGAGCUGCCCCUGGAGCUCAGCGAGCCCAUCCUCGGGGAAGAGUACGACACCGAGUUCGAGAAGUGCUAUUUGCACAAGAUGAGGCAGAAGCUGGGUCUGAUCCGGCUGGAGCUCGAGGAGGACCGGGAGCUGGUGUCUGCCCUUCUGGAGACCAUGCACCUCACGGGGGCGGAUUUUACAAACACGUUCUACUUACUGAGCUCCUUCUCUGUGGCGCUGGAGCCCACCCAGGAGGCUCGCUUCCUGGACCAGCUUGCUCAGCAGUGCGCCUCCUUGGAAGAACUGAAGCUGGCCUUCAGGCCACAGAUGGAGCCCAGGCAGCUCUCUAUGAUGCUCAUGCUGGCCCAGUCCAACCCUCAGCUCUUUGCUUUAAUUGGAACUAAGGCAAGCGUCAACAAGGAACUGGAGCGGAUCGAGCAGUCCUCUAAACUGCAGCACUUGUCCCCCACUGAGCUGAUCACCCAAAACCGGGAGCACUGGGAGACGUGGCUCCAGAGCUACAGAGCCCGGUUGGAACGAGACAUGCAGAGCGUCAGCAACAGGAACAACUGGAACCUGGAGCGGGUGCGAGUCAUGCGAUCCUCCAAUCCCAAGUACAUCCUGAGGAACUACAUGGCCCAGAAUGCCAUCGAAGCUGCGGAGCGGGGCGACUUCUCGGAGGUGCGGAGGGUGUUGAAACUGCUGGAGAAACCUUACUGCGAGGACCAGGAGGAGGAGUACGCAGAGGAGCUCACGGAGGCCGCGGAGAGUGGGGCAGCAGCCGCCGGCGGCCGCCGCCUGGCCUACAGCAGAAAGCCCCCCCUCUGGGCCGCAGAGCUGUGUGUCACGUGAUCUUCGUAGCUGCCUUGUGGGCAUUUCCCCAUUUCUCACAAGGCUCCUGGGCACCACUGAGUCACCAAAACAGGGCAUUUGGUGCUUUGGUUGGUCCCUGCACAUGUCCAGCCACUGCGGGGCGGGACCACACCUCAGCCACCAAAUGGCUGUUUUUCCAUGAAGGCAAAGACAUCCAGUCAGUGUGACCUGUCUCUGUCUGAUGCUGACUAGGUAACCCAACACCACGCCCCUCCUCCCUGCGCUCCCUCCUCCCUGCGCCUUUUCUUGAAGCUGUUCACUCCUAGUAGAUGCUGGGAGCUGCCUCUGGCCAGUGGCAGAGGUGCUAAAGAGGGGAAGGGGAGCCUGCCCUGCCCCUGUGGAGGGGGCAGCCAGCUGGUUUCUUCAUCUUCAGGGCCUUAGAAAUAGAAACUCAUCCGGUGAUUGACCGGGACUUACACUCUAAAGAGGAGGCGGCUCCUCGGUGAGGGGGUGGUCCCACUGCAGCCCAGCUCGCUUUCUCCUGUCUGUACAAACAGCCACCCCCCCCACCCACCCCCAAUAAAGAAUGCUACUGGACUGA